UUUUUGUGAUAAAAUACCUAAAACCCAGACUCGACUACGAUUUAUAGGUGUGUUGAAUACUGACUUUAUUCAAAAAAAAGUUCUGCUGUAAGAAGUUGACUCCACUUGUGUCAGUGAGCUCAGCGCAGACGAAAUUCGUUUCUCAUUAAAAUCGAAAAUGGUAGAUGGGCUAUACCAAACUGCCCCUGGACAAUAAAAGGUUGCUCAAUACUCAAUACCUUUGCGAGGUUGACUCUCCGCAAAUAGUUUUUUCGAUCUAAUCUUGAGCAAUUUUAGCAUCACCCGACCCUUCAAAAGCAAGGUAUGCAUAUGUGGAAAUAAUUUGAUGCCGUAAAUACGAACUCUUACAUGCGAUUGACUCUGAGUCUCCAUAACAACGUGAAAGUUUUUCACACGCGCGAGAGAUAAAAUGUUAGCUACUUAUCGAUCCGUUAUGUUAUCACGCAUUUUUUGGUGCGACCGUGCACAUUCUCGACAUUUGGGAAUCUUUCCGGUUUAAAAUUCUGACCGCAACGAGAUCGAACAUUUCCGGCUAGACAGCGCAACGCUGAAGAUGGUUGUACUAAGCCCCUGUUCCAUCUAGCUUUUGUUACUCAUGCACAAGGUACCGUAAGUUAUUUCUCGUCGUAGUUUAAGAGUGCAAAAAGGCUUAGCAAAUAUAACUUUUUCGCUGAGAUCCUGUCGAUCGAACAAUCUGGUCCUUUGUUUCUGAACUGGGUGUCAUGGUUUGUUCGUCGGAAGACUACCUGAAUCAACAUUUUCUGGAUCGUGUUUUCUACCUCGUGCAAUUGCUGCUCAUUCGAGAUAGAAUACAGCUUUGCGCUUAACGAGAUAUACAGCCCUCACAUUUCAACAAAGGUGUAAUUUUCAUGAAAGUCAGCGGAAAGACAAGGCUUUAGACUAGCUGCACAAGUCCUGACCAGUGUUACGACAUGUUUGUCGUUGUGUUUUACGAUCUGCUCAGCUGCUCGCAUUGUAUUAAUAGCUAUACGCCGACGAACUUUGCAUAGGUGAUAAAAAUUACUACAUCAUUGCAACCAUGAAGUCUCGGCAAGAGCUUCAGUCACCGCAAGUAGCUGUCGCUACUGCUGCUAUGGCCGUAGGAAAAUCGAGGUGCCGUUUCAGGGCUGUUCAGACAACAAUGUGUGCUCUUCCAAACACGAACAUCGUCAAAAUUGUUUGUGAUGAUGAACAAAAUAAUGGUAACGAAGUGAUUGAUAGACGGUGUGCCAAAUGUUGAUGUUGCAAAUAAUUGGAGCUGAUAAUAUGAGCUCGUAUGAGAUGACAUGAUGAGCGUGAUAGCUGUAGUUCAGGUCUCGUUGCAUAAGCUCUACUGUCACCUAUUUUUUAGCAACUUUUUGAUUAAGAUGUGCUAUUCAUCAGGAUGAUGACAGCAAAUGUUCACGCAAGACGAUAAAAACAUUCAUGUUAGAGGUACGAAGUUUCGAUCUAUUAUCAAUAAGACAUCUAGGGCGACAUGAAUAAAAGAAAAGCUAGCCUUCAUGUACCUGGUCACGGCAUCUUUACAACUUGCGCAUUCUUUCAACAAAAGUGCGA